AAACUAUGUUAUCGUCAUCGUCCAGAUCUUGUUCGCAAACGACUACCUGAUUCAUUCAACAUUCAAGACGUACAACAACAAAUGGAGAAACUUCCAAUGGCAGACAAAGAGGCCAUUAGUCAUAUCUGGUCACUCUUCUCUGCUGCUCCAGACGAGCAGAGAAUAUUAAUUCUUAAAGGGAUUUUAUCGACUUGCUGUAUGCCUCAGCUAUCUUUCUUGUUUGAUGCGAUCAAACCAUUGCUGCGUAUCGACUUUAUUUCAAUCUUACCACGGGAAGUAUCUCUCCAUGUGUUUUCUUACUUGGAUGCAACGUCUCUAUGCAAUGCAGCACAAGUGUCUCAGACUUGGCGGUCACUUGCAGAUGACGAUGCACUCUGGCAUAGAAUGUGUGAGCAACACAUAGACAAAAAAUGCACAAAGUGUGGGUGGGGAUUACCAUUACUUGACAAGAAAAAGCGUCCAAAUCCACGAAAACCAACAACUGUGUUUCGUACAACACCUGUUUCAGUACUUCCACUAGGUACAGCAUGUGGACCUACUGCUACCAGCAAUAGUAAUACUGAAACCAGUACGGAUGAUGCUCUUGCAAGCAAUCCUUCUAAAAGACAAAAGACUGAGGCCAGAGUGGAGUCUAUCGAAACCGCCUCCUAUCCAGCCUCUCAGCCUUUGGUACCUCUCAUCAGACGCCCAUGGAAAGAUGUCUAUAGUGAGCGAUUGGUGGUCGAGCGCAAUUGGAGACAAAACAAAUAUCAGGGCAGGGUACUACGAGGUCACACCGAUGGCGUGAUGUGCGUGCAGUUUUGCGAUGUUGCUGGAAUCUUGAUGACUGGUUCUUAUGAUAAAACUAUUCGGGUGUGGAACAUGGAGACUGGAGAACUUAUACGAGUGCUGUCGGGACAUGCUCGAUGCGUUCGUGCACUUCAGUUUGAUGAAGCCAAGCUUGUAACCGGUGCAAUGGAUAAUACACUCAAGAUUUGGAAUUGGCACACAGGCCAGUGCAUCCGCACGUUGCAAGGUCAUACCGGAGGCGUGCUUUCGCUGCAUUUUGAUUCGCGCAUAUUGGCAAGCGGAUCGACUGACCACACGAUCCGUGUGUGGAACUUUGAGGCAGGUGAAUGUUGCACACUUACCGGACACACAGAGUGGGUUAAUUCGGUCCGUAUAUUUGGCGACCACACUCUCGUUUCUGGCAGCGAUGAUGCAACCAUACGCGUGUGGGAUUUGACAUCUCGUACUUGCACAAGCGUCUUGAAAGGACAUGUUGGUCAGGUCCAAAUCGUGCUUCCCAGUCCCAAGGGGUUCACCCAUCGGUUCACCCCCGAAGCCACCGAAGCCGCUGCGAUGGCUUCGAGCAGAAACAUCUCCCGCACAGCCGCACGUGCUCGUCCCCUCACGGGCACAGGUGUUUCUCCACCCGGAUGUGCCACGGAUGAUUCCCCUAGAUUACAGGAACAGGCUGAUUUGACUGUUAACAGCAAUUGCUCAACUCUGUCUGACCGGCCAAUUCUUAUGUCGGGAUCGUUGGACAACACGAUCAAGAUCUGGGAUAUGACAACUGGGGUGUGUCUGCGGACCCUGUUUGGCCACGUCGAAGGUGUUUGGGGACUUGCUUAUGACAAACUUAGGAUCGUCUCUGGAUCACAUGACAAGACGAUCCGUAUCUGGGAUACCGAGAGUGGUCGAUGUAUGCAUCCUUUAGAAGGCCACAAUGGGCCUGUAACGGCUGUAGCGCUGAGUGAUACCAAGAUAGUUUCUGCUUCGGACGAUGGAGACAUCAGAAUAUGGGAUUAC